AUGAGGGGGCAGACUUGGACGACCCCGAUGGAAGCCCGACCCGCUUCCUUCGACCUUGUUCCUCUCCCUCAGAUGCACAUAGUGACGCCUUGUGUGCUGAGUCGCUCGCUGAGCGACCACGUGGGGAGGCCGGUCUACCUGAAGCUGGAGAACCUCCAGCCCUCUGGCUCCUUCAAGAUCCGGGGGAUCGGGCAUGCGAUGCGAAAGGCCGCAAAGGCAGGGGUGAAGAGCUUCGUCGUCUCGUCCGGAGGGAACGCGGGGCUGGCGGCUGCCCACGCGGCCAGGGAGCUCGGCCUGCCCAUCACGGUCUUCCUCCCCACUUCCACGCACGGUCUGGUCGCCAAGAAGCUGGAAGCCGAGGGGGCGCACGUUCAGAUCCAUGGGAGGAUCUGGAACGAGGCAGCUGAGAAAGCCCAGUCAACAGCAGAGGAAACAGGAGCAUUCUUGGUACAUCCAUUUGACCAUCCUGAUGUCUGGAAAGGUCACAGCAGCGUCAUUGAUGAACUGAAAGAUCAAUUGGGAGAGGAGCCAGGGCUGAUAGUGACAUGUGUUGGCGGCGGGGGACUCUUACUGGGGAUCAUCGAAGGACUGGAACGGGUGGGUUGGAGUCGAGUCCCCAUUUUGUGCAUGGAAACUGAGGGAGCAGACUGCUUCAAUGCAUCAGUCAAGGCAGGGCAUCUGGUCUCCAUCCCUGACAUUACCAGCAUUGCCAAGUGCCUUGGUGCUCGUAAACCGGCCGGUGCCUUAGAGAAACAUCUAGGCAAGAAGGAGAUCAUCUCGCGAGUCGUUUCAGACAAGCAGGCACUGACGGCCAUCUUGCGCUUUGCUGAUGAACACAGAAUGCUCGUGGAACCGGCAUGUGGCGCCGCACUGGCUGGUUUGUACGAGGAGGCGAGCAAGGUCGCCCUGUCCGACGGGAAGCCAAUCGUGGUCGUACUCUGUGGGGGGUCGGCCGUCUCUCUGCAGCUCCUUCAGGAAUGGAGAUCUAUUGUCUCUCAAUGAAACUUACAACACGGAUGGAAUAUCACGAACAGUCCAUGCUCCCAUCAUCUUCCGUUUCUAUGUCUCCCACGCUGUAAGGUGAAAAUAUACAAUUCACAAGAUUCA